CUAACAUGCUGUGUCCUCACUGCAGUAGUGUAGUAUAAAAAGAGCAGAGUGAGGAACUCAGGAACCUCUCUCGUGCUUGACUCGAACCAAGAGGACCAUGAAGAGGCUCGCUCUAUACGUUUACUUUGUUGUCUGUUGUGGUCUGGCGUUGUCCCAGACAAAAACAGACAGAAAAUGUUUGAGGGAGAAGGUCAUCACAUUCCCAGAGCUGACCACCAGCAGCUGGGUGAAGCUCCACCCGAACGAAUCCAUGGAUCUGUCUGCAGCCACCGUGUGUUUGCGAUUCUACACUGACCAAUUGUCAACCAGCUCAUGUCUGUUUUCUCUGGCCACACCGUCCCACCCUCAAGACUUUUCUUUAACAGCUGAAAGCAAACAAUACCAGAUGUAUAUUCAUAGCACCCCUGUUGUGUUCAAAGGGUUGUCACUCAAAAUAAAUCAGUGGAACUCGGUGUGUGCGACCUGGGAUGCCACCAGUGGUCUUGCACAGAUGUUUGCGAAUGAAGCAGCCAGCAUUAGGAAGAUGGUGGUCCCUAAGGUAUCUUUUAAAGGAGCGCCCGUCAUAACACUCGGCCAGUAUCAGACCAAAUAUGAUGGAGGGUUCCAAGAAUCCAACAUCUUCACAGGUUUUAUAUCAGAUGUGCAUGUGCACAAAGAAGUCCUUACCACUCGCCAGAUUAAGACCUACAUAGAAGCAAAGAUCAAAUACAAACUUGGUGAUUACAUUAACUGGCACAAUCUGAAAUACACCAUUGCUGGGUCUGCACAAGUGGAAGAAAAGAAGCAAGUAACCUACGCCAAAGAAGAGCCGAUAUAGUGCACUGCUGUGCUGCAAUGUCAUUGUAAUGUCAUGAGAAAUGAAUAAACUUCUGAACAGUGAA